CAACUAAGAGCUUCAUAAAACCACAAUAUCCCGCUAACCAUGAACCCUCCAAUUGUUCAAACCAUCUCGGAGUGCUUCAUCAAACCACAAUAUCCAGCAGAAGAGGUGAAGCCUCCAAUCCACUUGGCCUCAUGGGACAUAGCCAUGCUCUCUGUGCAUUACAUCCAAAAGGGUCUCCUGUUCAUUAAGCCCCAAACAACAACAAAUCAUCAAGAAAACCCAGUCGAAUCUCUCCUAAACAGGCUCAAGGACUCCCUCUCCCGCACCCUCGUUCAUUUCUACCCCCUCUCCGGUCGACUCGCAACCCUGAAACAAGAAAAUCCGCCUUCUUACUCUAUUUACAUUGAUUGUAACAAUAGUCCCGGAGCAAAAUUUAUCUACGCAACUGCUGACUUAACUGUUUCUGACAUACUUUCGCCCGUUGAUGUUCCCAUGGUUGUUCAGUCCUUCUUUGACCACGACAGGGCGGUUAAUCACGAUGGACAUUCGAUGUCGCUGCUGUCAAUUCAAGUCACGGAGUUAACCGAUGGGGUUUUCAUCGGUUGCUCGAUAAACCACAUGGUGGUUGACGGAACAUCUUACUGGCAUUUCUUUGAAAUGCUGUCCCACGCCUUCCGUGCACGAGAAGAGAAUCCCGAGAUUCCCCGGCCCCCAGUUCUUACCCGCUGGUUUCCCGAGGGGUAUGGCCCUGUUCUCAACCUCCCUUUCUCUCACCACGAUCAGUUCAUAAGCAGAUUCAAACCACCCCCGCUUAAAGAGAGAAUCUUCCACCUGUCAUCAGUAUCCAUAGCCAAACUCAAAUCCAAGGCCAAUUCCGAGUCCAAAACCAACGAGAUUUCCUCGUUCCAGGCCGUAUCCGCACUCGUUUGGAGGUGCGUUACGCGCGCCCGCCGCCUCCCGCACGACCAAGAAACAAGCUGCAGAAUGGUUGCGAAUAACCGAGCCCGGAUGGACCCGCCGUUGCCGACCGAGUACUUCGGGAAUUCAAUUCAAAUAGUUAGGGGAAAAGCCUCGGCAGGGGAACUGCUCGGGCACGGGUUCGGGUGGGCAGCGUGGCGGUUGCACGAGGCGGUGACGGGCCAUUGCGACGCGGCAGUAAGGGAGUGGGUGGGUAAUUGGGUUAAGGACCCAUUUAUAUACCAGUUUGCGCAGUUUUUCGACCCGUUUAGUUUGAUGAUGGGGAGCUCGCCGCGGUUUGAGAUGUACGGGAAUGAGUUUGGGAUGGGGAGAGCGGUGGCGGUUCGGAGUGGGUACGCAAAUAAGUUCGACGGGAAAGUGACGUCGUAUCCAGGGCAUGAAGGCGGCGGAAGCAUGGAUUUGGAGGUUUGCCUCCCACCGGAAACAAUGGCGGGGCUCGAAUCUGAUGGUGAGUUUAUGGGUGUGGUCAGUUCUUAUUAGUCACGUAAUCUUUCAGUAGGACCUUUCGCUCGCGCUUGCAAGAAUGGCUCUACGCUCGUCCUCGCAAUCGUUAGUUUUAAUACUCUUUCCUGUGAAAUGCAUAAUAUGCAUUCAUAUGAGAAUUUUCUGUUUUCUUUAACAUUUUGUGCCCCUUCACCAACUUGUGUCGCCCAGCUUUCUUGCCUCAUUCGGAUCAUCCGGUGAGAGGGGUGAAGUAACUUUUACUGGCACAGAUGGUGGAAUAGGAUGAUUAAUUAGCAAUAGGCAUAAUACAACGGACUCACAUGUUCGGAGUGUGUCCAAACACAAAUACAAGCACAAAUGUGUUUAAAGUUAUUCGAUGAAUAUUGCUGAAGGACAAAAUAUCAACAUUUGUUCAUCUUUGUUGUAAAGGAGGACAAAUUUACUCCCAAUAGUCCAAUUAUCCUACUUUGUACUACUUGAAUAUUAAUUUGCAA